AGCGUAUUGAAUUUCUGCCAAAGGAUAAGCGUUGAGUUUUCAAAGCGUUCAAGUGUUAAAAAAACCCUACCUUAUAAUGAUUUACAUAUAUUUUCUAAGCGUUAGUUUUUUUGCCACUGGACCAAAAUGCAAAUAAAAAAACGUCUCAGCAGCAUAUAUUUCGCCAUCAUCGAUCCAUGCUUAGUCGACCUUUCUUGGCACGUCCUCCCCGCCCCCAAUAUCCUUCGUCUUGAAAAGUACUUAAACUGAGAUGGUGUGCCCACCACUUUUUCUUUACCAAGCCCAAUAUUAGGAACCAUCUUUAGAACGCCCUUUGUUUUUAUAUUUAUUCGCAUCUAGCCACAUUCUUUUUCCUUCUGAUUAUUUAUACCUGCUUACACAGGACCUUUUCUAUACUCUUUUCUUCUAAUUAUCUACUGCCCUUUCAUUAUUACACAUCAACACAAACCGACUCCCACGAUGUCUAACUGCUACGACGAAGAGGCCAUGACCGAGGGCGCAAAGACGCAGAACUCCUCAAAGCAAUAUAUUUCUGGGCCCACCUCCGAGGUCAUUCUCAGCUGGGAAAACCUAAACUACGUGGUCAAGUCCAAAGUCGACAAAAAGGACAUCACCGGCGCGGUCUGCGCAGGAGAGGCCAUCGCACUUAUUGGCUCCUCAGGCGCUGGCAAGACCACACUUCUCAACGCGCUUUCCGGCCGCAUUGUCGGCGGCGAGCUCACAGGCAAGAUUCUUUUCCGCGGUAACAAGCGCAAUCCCGGCACACGACUGAUGCAUCCUUUGCUGACUGUCCAUGAGACACUGUCGUAUUCAUCCAACUGCGCCUUCCAAUACCAGCUACACUCCCGAGCAGAAGGCCGACGCGUUAAUAUAGUUAUUCAGCAGUUGCGCCUGGAAAAUGCAAGGAACACUCGCAUUGGGGAUGCUGCCACUCGUGGUGUUUCUGGUGGAGAGCGCAAGCGUGUCAGAUCGCCCAGCGCGCGGAUCUUCAAUAUCUUUGACAAGGUCAUUUUGCUCUCCCAGGGACGGAUCGUUUAUUUUGGCCCGACGUCUUCGGCAAUCGACUACUUUGCAAACAUCGGUUUCCAGUGUCCCAUGCACGAGAACCCCGCCGACUACUUUGUCGACCUGAUGACCCUGGACUACCGCAGCGAUGAAGCGCUGGCCAGCAGCAAAGAGCAGGUCAACCACCUUGUCGAGAAGUUUGAGGAGUACACUCGGCAGCAGGGUCUGUCCAGGGACAGUGGCGAGAAGAGCUUGAAGUGCAACAUUGAGGCCUACCAGGAUCCCGAAAUUCCCCGGAACAACUGGUUCUACGAGUACAGCACGCUGGCUCGGCGCGACUGGAUGAAUGCCCUGAGGAACACACCCUUUAUUGCUGGCCAAGGAACGCAGGCCAUCUUCAUGGCUCUGCUUAUCGGAUUUAUCUUCUACUAUCUUAAGGAGGACGCGCUCAGCAUCAACAACCGUCUCGGCGCGCUGUUUAUCAUCUGCGAGCGCGACAUCAUGGUGCGCGAGCGUUCGUCAGCGACAUACCGCGUCACGUCCUUCUACACAUCCAAGCUGACCACGUUUAUCCCGAUUUCGCUGAUCGCCAACACGAUUUUCUUCACGGGUGUUUACUUUAUCAGCCGUCUGUCGAUUGACGCGGACAAGUUCUUCAUCGGCCUGGCCACGUUCUACAGUCUGAUCAUUGUUUCUAUCACGUUCAUGCUCCUGGUUGGCUCGGCCAUCAAGUCCAUUGAGUUCGGCUUUGUCGUGGCACCUAUUGUUCUGACCAUUCAGAUUCUGUUUGGCGGUCUGUUUGCCAACCCAAAGACCAUUACCACUGUUCUUCGCUGGAUCCGUUGGGUCAACCCGGUUCAGUAUGCUUUCAGUGCCUUCGCUCAGAACGAGUUGCGCGGCAUGGAGUUUGUUUGCCAGGCAGGCGUCCAGUGCUACGAGAAUGGCACACAGGUCAUUGAGUCGUACGGUUUUGGUCGCUUCACCAUCUGGCAGAACAUUCUGCUUCUUCUGAUGCUUGCCACAGCUGACAUCAUUAUGGGAUACUCCUUGCUUCGCUGGGCCGCCAAGCCCAGGUCUAUCUGGCUAUAAAUAUAACGCUUCAGUUUGCUAGAGUAAAAUUACAUUUACAUAUUUUCUAUUAGAUAUUGAUUUUUCAAAAGCUAAAAGUUUAAAAAUAUAUACUCAUCGAUAACUCA